AUUUGUCGUCACUUCCUGUCUGAAGACGAAGGGCGCGUUGCUAGCACGGAGCGAAGAGGAGAGAGCACACGGCGAUGAUAAAGCUGAGCUGAAACAUCUCCAUUUCCUUGUCCGCACAACUAUCCCGACCGGAAGUCUGGAAAUGCUUGGAUGCCAAAUCUCUGCGUUUGGUGAGUGAGGUGCCAAUCAUCCACCAUGGCAGGCGACCUCUACUGCCCCCCAUCCCCGCUAGGAGACUCCCUCCUAGACAGCCCCCUCUGUGCAGAUCUCAUGGAGGAUCUUUGUGACAUCUCCCAGUCCAUUGGAGAAGACACAAUUGGGUUUGAGUUCCCGGAGUAUCAGAGUCCUGGUUCUGGUUCUGGGUCUGGGAGCUCUAUUGCACUUGACACCUUGACCCCGGCCUCCAGCCCGUCACCAGGGGGUUGCGGAGCUGCGCCAGAGCCCGAUGAGAGCUCCGGCCCCCUCAACUUGGAGUGCAGGGUGUGCUCGGACAAAGCUUCAGGCUUCCAUUACGGCGUGCAUGCAUGCGAGGGCUGCAAGGGUUUCUUCAGGCGAACAAUCCGUCUGAAGUUGGAGUACGAUAAGUGUGAGCGCAACUGCAAAAUCCAAAAGAAGAACCGCAACAAGUGCCAGUACUGCCGCUUCCAUAAGUGCCUCUCUGUGGGAAUGUCACACAACGCCAUCCGUUUUGGACGCAUGCCCCAGGCGGAGAAGAUGAAGCUGAAAGCAGAAAGCAAGAUGGUGGAGAAGAAAAAGGAGGCGAGCCCCAUACUGUCCGACCACAAGAGCCUAAUCGGGUGCAUCCAUGAAGCCUACAUGAAGAACUUCAACAUGAACAAAGCCAAAGCUCGCCUCAUACUCACCGGAAAGACAAGCAAACCGCCUUUCAUCAUCCACGACAUGGAGACAUUCCAGCUGGCCGAGAGGACCUUCGCGGCCCACAUGGCGUCUGACAACCUGGAACCCGACAGCGGCCUGCCGGCAGGGGUACUGGUGGCAGCUGUGGGAUGCGGCGGGCUCCAGCAGAAGGAGGCCGAGGCUCGCCUCUUCCACUGCUGUCAGAGCACAUCAGUGGAGACGGUCACAGAACUCACAGAGUUUGCCAAGGCCGUGCCCGGCUUCCAGAACCUGGACUUGAACGAUCAGGUCACUCUCCUCAAGUACGGCGUCUACGAGGCCCUCUUCACACUCCUGGCCUCGUGCAUGAACAAAGAUGGCCUCCUGGUGGCGCGCGGCGGCGGCUUCAUCACCCGCGAGUUCCUCAAGAGCCUCCGUCGGCCCUUCAGCGACAUGAUGGAGCCCAAGUUCCAGUUCGCCACACGCUUCAACUCCUUAGAGCUGGAAGACAGCGACCUGGCCCUUUUUGUGGCCGCCAUCAUCUGCUGUGGAGACCGUCCAGGCCUGGUGGAUGUCCCUCUAGUGGAGCAGCUCCAGGAAGGCAUUGUUCAAGCCCUGCGGCUCCACCUGGUGGCCAACCACCCGGACCACCCUUUCCUCUUCCCGAGACUUCUGCAGAAACUGGCUGACCUGCGAGAGCUGGUCACCGAGCACGCUCAGUUGGUGCAAGAAAUUGAGACAACCGAGGACACCUCAUUGCACCCCCUCUUGCAAGAAAUCUACCGGGACAUGUACUAACUUAGGAGAUUCAGAACUGGGUACACUUCAUAUUGUUCUGUAGCAAACGUAACAGGAAAAAACAUUUUAGGGAGAAGUACUAUGAAAAUGGGGCCAUAGAUUGUAUUAAAAACUGUGACAGAAGCAAUCAGAUGUUUAAAAAAAAUGCCUAAAUAGUGUGGUGACCAAGCCAUGUCAAACGUAUUUGCCAUUGUAUAUUAUUUAAACAGUUUCAAUGUGUGAUAUUUUGUUUUUUACCUUUGAACAGCAUUGCAUGCAGAUUGAAAUGUGACUUCUAGAAUAACAAAUAUGGCUUCAUUCUAUUUUUUCAUACAAAAUACUGUGUGGAACCAUUUGUUUUGACAGUGAUAAACUUCUAUAAACUAAUAUUUUGUGAAAGGGAUACAGAAUAUAUUUUACUUUUUAAUUGUUGCCAUAUUGGUUAGUGACAGUCGUUGCUAUUUUCUGCAUUAAAUCGAGUUAUUGCAUUAACUGA